GUAGAACAGCGACGUCACUUCCUCCCCACGUGAAGCGCUCUGUACAUGUGAACAGCAGCAGUUCACUUCACGUUUUAAAGCCGCUACAUCCCCUAUUUUUAUCUUAUGGUUAUCGAAAGCAGCAGCAUGGAGCCCGCAGAGGAGGAGGCGCAGCUCGGCCAGGAGUCAGAGGAUGAAUACAGCGAAUUGUCCGACAGUGAGCUUCAAGAAGCCUUCGCAAAAGGCUUGUUGAAACCUGGCAUGAACGUACUGGUGGACAAAUCCAAGAAGUUCGUCAACAAUGUGGAUGGGAUGAAACAGUGUCUUGCUGACUUGCGUAAAAAUCUCCCCUGGGUGGAGAGGUUAGACCUGACCAAUCUGCCAGCUGAAGACAUUCUCAGCAAAGCUGAAGGAAAAGUUCCAGCUCUGGCCAAUGGAGAAGUCAAUGCAGACGACGACUUCCAGAGGGAGAUGUUCUUCUACCGUCAAGCUCAAGCUACAGUCCUGCAGGCCCUGCCCCUCCUCAACAAGCACGACAUAGCCACCAAGAGGCCCGAUGAUUACUUUGCAGAAAUGGCCAAGUCAGAUCAGCAGAUGCAGAAGAUCAGGAAAAAGCUGAUCUCAAAGCAGUUGAGUCUGGAGAAGUCAGAGAAGGCCAAGAAACUGCGAGAGCAAAGGAAGUUUGGCAAAAAGGUCCAAGUAGAAGUGAUCCAGAAGAGACAGAAGGAGAAGAAGGCCAUGAUGUCCGCUGUAAAGAAAUAUCAGAAAGGAAUGACGGACAAACUGGACUUCUUAGACGGAGACCAGAAGACGGGCAAAGAUUCGUCUGAUGGCUCAAAGAAAGCAAUGAAUAAGAAGGGCCCCAACGCUAAGAGAAAAUACAAGGACAAGAAGUUUGGCUUUGGAGGCAAAAAGAGUGGAAAGAAGUGGAACACCAAGGAGAGCUUCAACGAUGUUUCCGGUUUUCGUGCCAAAGUGGCUCAUGCCAAGGGAGGGAAGAAAGGCAAAGGAGGAAAACAAAAUAAACGUCCGGGCAAGUCUGUGCGCAAGAAGAUGAAGAGUCGCUCGUAAAAAGUUGACAUGCUGGUUAACAGACUGGACUUGGACGCUGCUUCUAGGCAGGAUUUGCCAGACGUGUAGGAGGCUACGGGCUCUUCCACACUUUUUGUACAGUAUGCCUUCCAUAAAAUGUGUCAGGAUUGAUGUGGAGGUCAACAUAAACCAGCUUCAUGCCACACAGACAUCCUGUCUGACUGCUGAGGAGGACCAGACAAAUGAAGAAAAGACAAGAACGGACUGCAUAGGACCACCCAAGAUGCAAAGUUUUUUUUACUACAUGCAGUUUCCCUAAGGCUCAUGAAGAGAAAUUGAUUAAAUAAUUACCAUAGAUGAGUUUUUGUUGUCUAUAGCCAUUCUCGUCCCUAUAAGGUGGAUUUGGAGCCACAGUCUGUUUCUACGCCUCAGUCUCUACACCAACCCCCCUGCUGUCUAACUGACACUGUGUGUUCUUCCAAGUUUGGUGUAUUCUAUUUUUUUUUUCCCAACUCGGCUCCUUGACUCAUUGAUUCUCUCCUAUGUGACAUGGCAUUUUAUAAUAUUGAGCGGCUGUCAGUUUUGCCCUUUCCUAUUCAUUAAUAUGAUUAGUAUGUGUUGGCUGAGUGUGCUUUGUAUAGACCUGUGCAAAUGUUUCCCCUGCCAAGUGUUUUUCUUAGUUUGCUAAGAUGGAAAUACAGAAAGGGCAGACUCUGCUGACACCUGUAUGUUUGUUUGAUAAACAGAUUCUUUUGAA